CACAUACUGAAAGAAUAUGAUGACUGAAAUGACACUAUCAUAAUUUAGUGUUUUCUCAAGAUCAAGUUAUGUUUCCCACGAUCCAGGAUGGAAUGUACAUAUCAACCAAGGGACUAGGCAGCAAUUGAAAAAAAGAUAUAUUCUAUAAGAUCUGCUCUUUUGAUUCACAAGAUCACUUUCAAAAGUAAAAAAUGAAAUGUUAUAUUAAGGACUGAUGAUAGUUGCAACUACUGUUCUGUACUUGCAUGAUGCACAGACAGUACUACACUUUGCCUAUGAUUUGUUGUACUGAGUUCACUUCCUUUUCUGCUUGUAGAUAAGCAAACUUUUUUAAUUUGAGUAAAGGCAAAGUGACUUGUAUUUUUGUCUGAUUGUUCAUACUUAGAUAAUUAGUCUGAAUGUUCUUUAUUGCAACUCAGUGCUGGUAUUAAAUCCCAUUGCAUAAAUGCUAUGAGAGAGGAUUUGUGCAAAUGUUUGACAACACUUAUUAAAUUAAUAUUGUCAUUUUAGUCAUGCACACUGGGCAUCUUGAUAGAUAUAACAGUUCAAGUAUUGUUUCUUAGAUUUAGCAAUUAGUUGUUUUGAAAGAGCAUUUAUUUUGAUUGAAUAGUAAUGCAAUAUACUUCAAUUUAAUUUUUAAAAUUAUUUAUUUUGUUUUUGUUUUUAUUAUAUUAUUAUUACUUAUUUCUUCAGUUUUUGUGGUAUGCAAAAUGAAAUGGAAUUAUAUUUUUUAUGUAUAGAAGUGAUGAAUGAAAUAGCAAUAAAAGGAGUGUUAUGGUUUUGUAUGCAACUGAAGUUGAUUCAUAAAUAAUGAGAAGGAAGUAAGUUUAAUUUGGAAUUGAUUGAACCAAGAAGUGUCUGUAAAAUUGUAUUCAUUCAGUAAGCUUUAACUGAGUAAAUUUAGUUUGUCAGGAAUUGUGUACAUAAUUGGUUAUGAAUAAUCUUUCUUAUUUUUUGUAGUUUUUGAUAUGUAGUUGUAAAUAAAAGAGAUCAUAUAAUACAUUGUGGCAGGUUUGGAUGUCCGAAAGUAUGAGUGUAAUUAAGGAAUAUAUGUGUUAUUGAAUAUCUGUUUCUUAUUAUUUACUGAAAGUUCUAUAUGUAUAUGUUUCAUAAUGCCUCUUUAAAUUUUGCUUUACAGCAAGGUAAUUGCAAUGGAAUACAGAGUGACUAAUGAACACUUGCAUGGCAAGAAAUUGAAGAAAAACUGGUACACCUAAGGUCAUAUGUUCCCUUUGUUGAGCGUAUGAUCACAAAGCUCGAGGCUCGCUCGCAACAAGUUGGUUCAAGAAACAACCAGUUAGAACGGCUUCAGGGCCUCCACAGAUUCCUAACAACACCUGUCCCAAGAGCACCAAGGAUGGAGAUGCUAGAGAAAAUGGAAGCUGUUAUCCGCAACAUGCAUGAAAAAGUUCAAAAAGCCACAGGGAAACCUGAACCUGGGCCAUCUGCUCCCCCGAGACCUCCAAGCCACGGAGCCAGCCCAGGCCAGAGAACUCCAAGCCCCAAUAUUAGUUCAAGCCACAGACCUAUGGUUGGCUCACAUUCCAACCCUGGUAGUGGGUCUAGUCUGGGUUUGACCCAUGGAUUAGGACCAUCCUUAGGUCUGAACUUGAACCCAAACUUUAGUCAUAAUCAGGGUGGUGGAGGGGUGUACGAUAGUGGCAGUAAUCGUGCAGCAAGUUCAGGUCUCAAAGUGCCACAAGGACUAAGCCCUAGUUUGGGUCACAGUAGUGGAAAUAGACCAGCAUAUGGACAUGGCUCAAGUCAGCAAGCUCGGUCUUUCCCAGCAAGGUCUGGUUCAAGUGAGUGGCAGAGUUCUAGAGAUAGUGGAAGUGAGCGUAGGGAGAAAGAUAGAGGGAGGGACACAGAGUAUGGUGAUAGAAGAGAUAGAGGAGUUGAAAUGUCAAGAGAAAGCAGCUAUGAUAGAAAUCGAGGAAGAGAUGGGGACCGCAGUCAGUCUCGACACUCAGAUAGAGGUAGAGACCGGGAGUCAGACAGAAGUCGAGAUCGAGAUUCCGACAGGAGCAGAACGAAAAGCUAUGACAGAAAGAGAGAAUACGAUAGACACAGAGAUCUAGAGAGAAGUGGAAGUAGAGAUGGAAGAAGUCGAACUUCUGGUGACAGAGAACAUGAUAGAGGGAGAGAGAGACGAGGCAGCUCUAGGGAACAUGAACGUGAUAAAAGUCGUGAAACCAGUAGAAGUUUAAGUUCCCGUGAAAGAGAAUAUGACAGGGAGAGGGAGCGAGAUUCCCACCACCCACAGCGCCAAAGAAGCCUUACAGAGCAAGAGUAUCAAGAUGACGGAAAGCAUUCAUCCAAAAGAAAUAGCUUGCUAGACCUUCCAAUGCCUCCGUCUCUGUCAAGCACUGAUGUACAUUCAUCUGUGAGGGGAACAGGAAAUUCUUCACCCCAGGAUGCUGAAAUGUUAAAAGGUUCAAGAGGGGAAGUUUCAGAAACUCUUUGGAGAACCUUCAGGACCAUCAGAGGAUGAAAGUCAUUCAUCAUCUGGUGCCAUGUUGGAUAAAAGGGGCUCAUUAAGAACUCACUCUGGAAGUUGGAGGGAUGAGGUUC